AUUAACUUAGGGUUGGAUUCCAGAUGAUACUGAUUGAAGGUGCAAAAGCUACAACAGACACUGUUGAUGCAUUGAGGACUGGAGCAGCUGCUAUGAAAGCUAUGCAGAAAGCAACUAACAUUGGCGAUGUCGACAAGACAAUGGAUGAGAUCAAUGAGCAAACAGAAACCAUGAAAGAAAUUCAAAACGCACUGGCAAAUCCCAUUGGCGGCUUUGACUUUGAUGAAGAUGAAUUGGAGGCUGAACUCGAGGAACUAGAAGAAUUAGAGUUGGAGGAACAAAUUCUUGAUACAGAAACAACUUACCCUGUACCUCCAGUCCAUGUCCCACAAGUAAAUCAACCAAAUCACCGUCCUCUUAUCAAGAACUCCAAUGAAGAAGACGAGUUGGUUGCAUUAGAGAAAGAGAUGACAAUUUAAACAGUGUUUGCAGAUCCAUUGCAUUUUACUGUUGAUGAAUUCUCGUUGCUUGGCCAGGUUUAUGUUUCCGUAGUGUGCAGCAAAAUUUGCUGGUAAGAAGACAUUUGUAUAGGUUGGAUAUCCAAGCAAAAAAGAACAGACUCUCUCCCGUUUUAAACAUGUAAUCUAAUUUCUCAUCUUGCUUCUCAAUUUUUUCUGUGAUUACUAAUUGCAAGUAUAAAUUUCAUUAUCAUCAAUUGAAUAAUAAAGUACAUAAUAGCUUAUUUGCCACCA